CGAGAUCUCGCGUUUUCGGCCAACUUCAAGAUUACACGACUAAGUAGUAGUCACAAUAGGCUAGAGGCCUAACGCGUUAACAUACAAAUCACAAAAAAUCCGGGCCUGAUCCCACUAUCAGAAUGUUGUUCGAAGACCUAGCCACCGAGCUGGUGCUCCAAAUCUACUUUUCCAGCACUUCCGUUGCCGACGUCCUUACACUAUCCUCCACCUGUCGUCGCUUUCGUAAUAUCUUCUCAUCCUCCCAGAAGCUUGCCAUACUCGAAAAUGCCGCUGAACUGCAAUUCGGACCUCUACAAGAUCUCACUCAGCUCCUGACGCACAACGCCAGCCAACCAGCCCACAUCGUUCGCAACGUUCCGUUCUCGGCCGCCUUGCUCAAACAGAUUCUACGUACAGGUCGAGUGGCUGAGAAAUGGUGCGAUAUUUACCCUUUCAAAAAGUGGAAGUACAACUACGAAAGCCGUCGGCUUCUGACGAGCGAGGAGCGAUAUCGACUCCGGAGAGCAGUCUACCGAUCUUGGCUCUACUCUCGCGCCUUCCACAACCGUGACCACCCGCGCGAGCUCCGCGCAACCAAACUCGUUCUUCAGAAACGCGCUGCGCUCCUACAUAACUGGAACACACAGGAGCUUGCCGAGAUCGCAGACGUGCAUGAUAUUAUCCGCGAGGUGGUUUAUAGCAACGUCUGUCCUUCGAACGGCACGAUAUCCCGGAAGUUUAAAAAACGAUAUCCCGAACCUGAGCACGGAUUGCUAUUCAACAUCCACCUCAACUACCCUCCGCCGGGGCCGCCAUCCUACAACCCUUUCACGCCCAAUACCCUCUCUUCCCAUUUCAACAAUACAUCUACUUACACCUCCCGCUUCGCUUCCUCAAGAUACUCUCCACGCCCUAGUCAUGAAGUCGGUGCCGAGGGCUGGGGCGACGACAUCCCGCACUACUACGUCGUCGAAGAUUACCUUAAGCUGGACCCCGAGCAGAUCCUGUGGCUGAAAGAGAAUGCUCCGCUGAAGGGUAUGGUGGAGAGUUAUGUGAGGUGUCUGGGAGAAAGUAGCGACGGGUCGAACUGGUUCACAAAUAAUGGGGAGACUUGGGUGCAGACGCUUGAGUAUGUGUUAGAUGAGAGGGGCGAGGGGGUGGAAGACUUCAUGGGUGCGAUUGCGGACGAAGGGCUGGGUGUUGCCGUCAACGGAACAUAGGUGGUUGGUGGUUUUGAUAGGAUUCAGAUGAACUGGGAGGCAUAUGCAUUGUUCGAU